AAAAUGGGCCCAGUAGGUGCAGAGGCUGAUGAGAACCAGACAGUGGAAGAAAUGAAGGUGGAGAAGUAUCAUCCACGGCAAGCCACUCCUAGAGGGGAGCUGGCCCCUGACCCCGAGCCGGAGCUUAUAGACAGCACCAUGCUGAUUGAGGUCCAGAUCAUCCUCAUCUUGGCCUACUGCUCCAUCAUCUUGCUUGGGGUAAUUGGAAACUCUUUGGUGAUUCACGUGGUGAUCAAGUUCAAGAGCAUGCGCACCGUAACCAACUUUUUCAUUGCCAAUCUGGCUGUGGCGGAUCUUCUGGUGAACACCUUGUGCUUGCCAUUCACUCUUACCUACACCUUGAUGGGGGAGUGGAAAAUGGGGCCUGUCCUGUGCCACCUGGUACCCUAUGCCCAGGGCCUGGCAGUACAAGUGUCCACAAUCACCUUGACAGUAAUUGCCCUGGACAGGCAUCGUUGCAUUGUCUACCACCUGGAAAGCAAGAUCUCCAAGAGAAUCAGCUUCCUGAUUAUUGGCCUGGCCUGGGGCAUCAGUGCCCUGCUUGCAAGCCCCCUGGCCGUCUUCCGUGAGUAUUCACUGAUUGAGAUUAUUCCCGACUUUGAGAUUGUGGUCUGCACUGAGAAGUGGCCUGGAGAGGAGAAGAACAUCUAUGGCACUGCCUACAGUCUUUCCUCCUUGUUAAUCCUGUAUGUUUUGCCUCUGGGCAUCAUAUCUUUUUCUUACACUCGUAUCUGGAGUAAACUUAAGAACCAUGUCAGCCCUGGAGCUGCUAACGAUCACUACCAUCAGCGAAGGCAAAAAACGACCCAAAUGCUGGUGUGUGUGGUAGUGGUGUUUGCCGUCAGCUGGUUACCUCUCCAUGCCUUCCAGCUUGCUGUUGACAUUGACAACCAAGUCCUGGACCUGAAGGAGUACAAACUCAUCUUCACCGUGUUCCACAUUAUCGCCAUGUGCUCCACCUUUGCCAACCCCUUUCUCUAUGGCUGGAUGAACAGCAACUAUAGAAAGGCUUUCCUAGCAGCCUUCCGCUGUGAGCAGAGGUUGGAUGCCAUUCACUCUGAGGUGUCCGUGACAUUCAAGACUAAAAAGAACCUGGAAGUCAAAAAGAACAAUGGCCCCAAUGACUCUUUCACAGAGGCUACCAAUGUCUAA